CAGCGAGAGACACAGACAACAGAGCGGAGAAGUAGAGCUAAUACAAACUGACUAAACAGCUGCAUCUAGCGAAAUAUUUUGAACAAAAUGACAACAGGAAGACCUUCCCGAGUUAUUAGACCACCUUUGAGGUUCACAGACGACUUUGAGGAAGAAGAGACUUCUUGUGAAGAAAGUGUGGUGGAGGAGGAGUCCCCCAGUGUCAUUCAGGGACGUUCAGGGAGGAGCAAUGGGGCUGGAGGUGAUGCUGGCACUAGUAGAGACCGAAGCCGCUCACCACAGCACCAAGAAAGGUGGAAGACGGAGGCUGAGCCAGAUUAUGGAGUCCCUCAAAAGCUGAGAUUCAACCCCCAACGCACCCCAGGUGUCCAACCCCCUCUAAGUAUGGGAAACCCACCACCAGGUGAAAUUUUCUCUCAUUUUUUUGAUGCUGCGGUUUUGCUUCUCCUGUGUCAAAACACCAAUAAGUAUGCCGCCAAAAACCUAGAGAAAGGGAGAAGGUUCCUCUGGAAAGAAAUCCAGCCGGAGGAGAUGACAAAAUUCAUUGGCAUGUUGCUGUACAUGUCAGUGCUGGACCUGCCUAAGAUACGAGAUUUCUGGAGAAUCCAGAGUAUAUUUAGUGUCCCUUUCCCCGCCACCGCCAUGACCCGAGACCGAUUUAGGGCAGUGUUAGGGAAUAUUCACAUGAGUGACCCAGCUCAAAGCGAAGAAAAUGACGCCAAAAAAGGCACUGAUGAUUAUGAUCACCUCCACCGUGUCAGACCGCUUAUGGAGAUGAUCCAGAUCAACUGCAAGUCAAUUUACCAACCAAGGCAGCACAUUGCAGUUGAUGAGAGGAUGGUUGGGACCAAGGCCAGGCUUGGUAUCAAGCAGUACAUGAAGGCAAAGCCUACGAAGUGGGGCCUGAAGUUCUUCGUGCUUGCUGCAGCAAACGGCUACACUUUCGACUUCAAGCUCUACACAGGCAAGUCCAAGACGGCCACAGGGAAGGGGCUCUCCUUCGAUCUUGUUGACGGACUGAUGGAUAGAGGAUACCUGGGGUCAGGUUAUAUUGUGUACACCAACAACUUUUACACAAGUCCCCUCCUCUACCGACACCUGAGCCAGGAGGGAUUCGGAGCUUGUGGGACAUACAGGUAAUGUGCAAUCUGCUCCUAGUGAUGGGUGAUCAUAUGGAUAAAAUGGAAGUGAAGAGAAUACAUUUUGUUUCAAUAGAAUUAUUCCUAACAAAGGACUACUUGUUCAUCUGACCAACGUCAGGAAACUUUGCAACAUCUACAGCAAGAGGUCAAUUCCAUGCAAAUGUCAACCUCACCAUGAAAAAAUAAAGUAGCCACAUUAAUAACAAAACCUAUUUAAAAUGUAUCAUCAAGGUCUAUAUUUUGAAGUACAAAAUACAUCUGAUCACAAUAUUCAUGCAAAUACAUGUUUUUCUCACUACAAUGAGGAGACGCAAUACUGUAAACAUUUAUUUUUCAGUGAACAAAAUUGUAUGACUUUCUGAAUGGGCAGUAUGGCAACAUAGAAAAAUCACCUACGGAUGUCUUCUAACCUGACUUUUCAUCAGAAAGGGCUGUUGUGUCAAUAUGUAAAUCAGUUAUGUACUAUGUGUCUUUCCAUUGGCUGGUGGAACGUGCUGUUAUGAUGCCUGUUUAUGGGACAACUCAUGUAACGUCCAUAACGUUUUUUAGGAAAAGUUGUCAUAAAACAUGCAUUUUGAAAGCAAUGUCAGCCAAACUUUCCAAGCAAAGCUAACUUUUAUAAAGAUGACAUAUUAGCAACAAUUGUCAUCCUGGUCUUAUUUUUUGUAUUAUUUCCGAGCGUCACGGACGCUACCGUGACGGACGUCACUUUAUAGAGUCGAACCCCAGU